AUGUCAGCCUCAAGGUUCCUCCUCAGCAAGCCAUCCCAGGCUCUGCUCAAUCAGGCCUCCCGUCGGAUCCCCGUACCCUCCACCUCUGUCCGAUCCCUGGCUACGAUUGCACCCUCUUCAACUUUCCCUCAAACUCGCAUCUCGACUCUACCCAACGGCUUGACCGUAGCCACCGAGCCUCACCCUCACUCUCAAACAGCUACCGUUGGUAUUUGGAUCGACAGCGGAAGUCGAGCCGAUAAGCACGGCGGGACCGCCCACUUUCUGGAACAUCUCGCUUUCAAAGGUACUCAAAAACGAACCCAGCAUUCCUUAGAGCUAGAAAUCGAGAACUUGGGAGCGCAUCUGAACGCAUACACAUCCCGAGAACAAACAUGCUACUUUGCCCGUAGUUUCAGUCAUGAUGUACCCAAAGUAGUCGAGAUCAUUUCGGACAUCUUGCAAAACUCAAAACUGGAGGAAGGGGCGAUCGAAAGAGAGAGGAGUGUGAUCUUACGUGAACAAGAAGAAGUCGAUAAAGCACACGAGGAGGUCGUCUUCGAUCACUUGCAUGCCGUUGCCUUCCAAGGAGAAGAUCUCGGCAAGACCAUCCUCGGUCCAAAGCAAGCCAUCUUAUCCAUCAAACGCCCCGAUCUAGUCGAAUACAUCAAGUCCAACUAUACCGCCGACCGAAUGGUCCUCGUCGGUGCCGGUGGAUUAGAACACGAGGCACUGGUCGAACUGGCCAGUAAGAACUUGGGUAAUCUGCCUACCUCUUCCUCACCGAUCCCACUCGGCGGGCGAGGCCAAAUUAAGCCUACAGGCUUCACCGGUUCCGAAGUCCGCAUCCGAGACGACACGAUGGACACGAUCAACUUGGCGAUCGCCGUCGAAGGCGUCGGCUGGAACUCGCCCGACCUCUUCCCUAUGUUGGUGAUGCAGUCGAUCUUCGGAAACUGGGAUCGAUCGCUGGGCUCGAGCCCAUUGAUGAGCUCCCGAUUGAGUCAUGCGCUGUCGAGCAACAACCUCGUGAACAGCUUCCUCUCCUUCUCGACCUCCUACUCCGACACCGGCCUCUGGGGGAUCUACAUGGUUUCCGAAAACUUGACCAACAUCGACGACCUCGUCUACAUCACCCUGCGAGAAUGGCAGCGCAUGUCCACCGCACCGACCGAGAUCGAGGUUGCCAGGGCAAAGUCCCAGUUGAAGGCCAGUAUGCUCUUUAGCUUGGACUCCUCUAAUAACAUCGCCGACGACAUCGGCAGACAGUUGGUCACCUCCGGUAAACGAAUGACCCCUCAGGAGAUCCAGAUUGCCGUCGAGGCUGUCACGCCCGAAACGAUCCGUCGUGUGGCUCAAAAGUACCUCUGGGAUAAGGACAUUGCUGUGGCCGCCCUGGGUCGGGUCGAAGGUCUUUUGGAGUACAACCGUAUCCGAGCCAACAUGUCAUCUCUCACUUGGUAG